UGAGUCACUAACUUCACUUUCAUGUUUUCAGGUUGGAAAGUAACUGUAGAAAGUUGGACGCUUGGGAAGUAUAGUACAAUUCCACCUGGUGUUUUGGGCUACACGUUAUGAACCCUUUCUGGAGCAUGUCUGCAAGUUCUACACGCAAGAAACCGGAAACGGAAGAAAAAGCUCUGCUUGGCGAGCUGAAGACCAGUCCUCCGCGCGCCGCUCCCAAGAAACAGCUGCCUUCCGUUCCCAAAAAUGUCAUGCCGAUGACCAAGCCUGCUUCUCCUGCCCUGUCAGCCCAGUCUACAAACGGAACCCAUGCCUCCUAUGGACCUUUCUAUUUGGAAUAUUCCCUGCUGGCAGAAUAUACUUUGGUUGUGAAGCAGAAGCUGCCAGGAGUCUAUGUGCAGCCUUCUUAUCAGUCUGCAUUAAUGUGGUUUGGAGUCAUAUUUAUAAGACACGGACUAUAUCAGGACGGUGUGUUUAAGUUUACAAUCUACAUCCCUGACAAUUAUCCUGAUGGGGACUGCCCAGUAAGUAACCCUCAAAUAGUCCUGAAUAUUAUUUGAAUAAUGCUCACUGACCAGCCUCAAUAUU